AUGAGUGAUCCAGUGGGCGAUUACUAUCUACAGGAAGAUAAUGUUGAAGACAUCACAGAGCGCGAAUUCAACAUUGCAACAGAAAUCCGAUACGAUCCACCAUUCAAUGAAAUCGUUGAGGAAUUUUCGUCAGAUGGAUUAGUCGUAAGAGCCGUCCUCAUGCCUGUUCCGCUCGUGCCUGUUGCGUCAACUUCCGCGACAUCUGCUUUUGGAGAGGAGCCUCCAAUUUUUGAAUCAACACCUCCAGAGAAUGAUGAUCCUUCCACCGCUGCCCUGCAGCCUGACCAACAAACUGAUCCACAGCUCGAACGAGAUGAUCAGCAACAUGAGCAAGAAGGAAUGGCCGAAGAUGACCGCGCUACUGCACGAACGUCACGCAAGCGUACGCGUAAUGUCAGUAAUUGGGCGAAGAAUGUCGCGAAACGCGCGAGGCAAGCUGGCGAGGCUUAUGUCAGUGUAUAUAAAGACAAAAGUCAAGAGGGUAAACUGAUUGCAUCUCGUAGCAUAAGACCUGGUUGCCAUGAAAAAUGUCGCAAUAAGUGCAGGACCUAUCUGUCAGAGGAGGACCGCAUUUUGCUGUUUAAAGAGUUUUGGGCUAUAGAGACUCAUAAAGAAAAGUGGGAAUAUCUUGCGAGGCGCGUUGAUACUUGCCCCGUUAAGGACAGAAAGACCCACUGGGAAUCGCGACGUAACGAAUCGCGAUCGUACAGUUUUCGCAGUAAUGGUCGCGUGGUCAAAGUGUGCAAAGUCAUGUUUUUGGACACGCUUGACAUUAAUGAGCAAUGGGUCAAAACGGCUUUACUCAAACAAGGGAUGGGAAGCGCACUCGAAAGUGAUAAUCGUGGCAAGAACUGUGGGCGCAGAACCUUGAACUCAGACUUGGUAGCAAAUGUCAAAGAACACAUACAACUGUUCCCAAAAGUUCCUUCGCACUAUUGUCGGAAAGAUAGCAAUCGUGAUUAUUUGGAUGAGAAUCUAUCCCUUCCUAAAAUGUAUACAUUUUACGAAGCCUGGAUGAAAAAAAAUCGACCCGCUGGGGAACAUAAGUUCACUUUUGCUACUUACCGGCAGUAUAAAGACAUUUUUGAUAGAGAGUUUAAUUUGCACUUCUUCAAACCGAAGAAGGAUCAGUGCGAUGUGUGCUACGCUUGGAAACAUGCAACACCCGAUGAAAGGCUCGAAUUGCAAGCAUCUUACGAUACGCACAUAGGGUUAAAAAAUCUCGCCCAAAAAAUGAAGAACGAAAAUAAAAAGACUUGCAACAAAGACUCUUCAUCGUGUGUUGCAUGCUUUGACAUGCAAAAAGUUUUGCCAUCUCCGCGUGCAGAAUCUUCUGCAUUUUAUUACAAGCGACAUCUUUCAGUGUACAAUUUUACUGUGUACGAUUGCACAAGACACGACGGUUUCUGCUACAUGUGGAAUGAAACGAUUGGUUCCAAAGGCAGUAAUGAAAUCGCCAGUUUUCUUCUCGAUUUCAUUGAGAAAAAAGUUGAGACAGCAGUGAAGAAAUUUUUCUUCUACUCAGACAACUGCGCUGGUCAAAACAAGAACCAAUUUGUUUUUUCCAUGAUGUAUCUUGCAGCCGUGCGUCACAACAUCGAAAUCACAUACAGAUUCCUGGAGACUGGACACACUCAAAACGAAGGGGACUCAAUGCACGCCUUGAUCGAAAAAAGGAGUAAAAAUGUGACCAUCCAUAGCCCUGAAGAUUGGAUUUCCAUUGUGAAAACAGCAAAGAAAGCGGGUUCAAAACAGUACGAUGUAACUGAAGUUAUUCAAGAAAACAUUUAUAAUUUUAAAGAAUUCGCGAAACAUUUGCAAUGGGAAAAAGAUAUGGAUGGAAAUAAAGUAGGAUUGUCCAAAAUCCGGGAAUUGUACGUAAAUUCAAAUCUUGAUCCUGUCGUUGAGUUCAAGCAUCAUUUCAGCGAAGAAUCGAAACGAUUAGAUGUAACAUCGGGUACAGGAGGACGUUCCAUCAAUUUGAGUUCGUACACUCUUAAAAAAGCGUACCGCGGUUUGCUACCGAUCGACAAAGCGAAAUUGGCCGAUUUGAAAGCGCUUUGCGCCAGAAAUCUUAUUCCCUCUGAGAAACAUGCAUUUUACAAUGCAUUACGCGUAAAAAAUUCCUCGGAAUUCUAA